AUGGCCUUCCGAUUCCCCUCUACACCGGAUCCUCGAAUCCACCGGCUCGAAGACGAAUAUCUCGCUCCCGUUACCGCCAAGGGCUCGGUCCAGCGGACCGGACGAGCAAGCCCUUCAGACGGCGCUCUACCUCCAGUCGAUGCAAACCCUCAUGCUGAGCAUGAGAAAGCUGCUGAGCCUGUCCUUCUGCCUCCCCAACAAGCACCGCCACGGAAACACAUAGUCUUUGCAGACCCUUUUGCCUUUCGAUAUCUUGAAGACGAUAGUAAUGUCAGUGUUGUCGAGCGUCGUGGGAUAUUACGCGGUUACGAGUCCUACCUUGUCGAACAAUGGGCGUGUUCGAGAAAAUCACCAACCCUCGUCAUUGUCACUUAUACUGGAGAUGAGAAACACUCUGUUGCAGUUGGUGUUCUCUCGGUGCCGGCAGAGGAGAGUCUCUGGCCGGCCAAGCUGCGCGCCUACUUCAAAGCAAUCCAGGAUUCGCAUGCGAGACCCAAGGAAACAGCUCUAGGAGAGCUUAUGGUGACAAAUCUUAGCAGCUUUCCCUCGGCUCUUACCGUCAUUCUCAUCCCCGAGGGCGAUAUCCGCAAAUAUCGUUCAUCAUUCAUCGUCAACGAGGAUCUCAAGCGGUUAGGAUGCUCGGGGCGGUCAGGUCUUACACUCUCAGACCCGGCCGAGGCGACCCAAACCAAGUUCCUACAACUCUACAAAACUAGCGAUCGGGUUUCCGUCAGCCAAGCUGUGAUAGAGCUUAUCAAGCUAUGUCAAGUUGCUCUAUACAUGUUUGACAAGUUAGGUCACGAGUUCAUCGAUGGACUGCUGUGCGACAAGACGGAGAUGGCAAUCAACAACUGGUGGAUUGAAGUUGGUGCUGAGCACUACAAUUUCGAGCCUACUGAUGGCAUAUUAGGGCCGACCACUGUGUCAGCUCUUCUAGGCAUGUUUAUGGGGGCGAGGAACCGCCUUCACUGGUAUGGCGCUCCGGUGUCGAAGGACGUCUUCGACCUUGACUGUACCAAGCGUGGUAUUGGUCAUUUCCAAAAAUCACAAAAACUCGAAAGAACACGGAGGUUGGACCGCCAGACGAUUCUCAAGCUCUACACAGUAUCUGCCAAGGCGGCAGCUGGAGAGGGCUGGGGUGUACAAAAAGCGGUCAAAUCGACUCUGACAGAAGUCGGAGGUAAAAGAGGCGAGUUUGUCAUGGGCAUGGUAUCAGGCAAGGACAAAGGAGGACUUGCUGAUAUUGAGACCCUUGACAUUGACAUGUUCGUCAGCUUAGCCUACGGCGACAGGCCGAAAUGGCUAUGGCAUGGCAAGCCUCGAAGGACGCUCGCAGAACUACCAAAUCACAGUCCAGAACUUGGCAAUGGGCUACCGUGGAAAGACGACGAUUCAAACUCGAAUCCAAAACGGGUCUAUUCUGCACCUGCAGAGAGCGAAGCAGAAUCGAGGCGGGCAGAUGAUUCGCCUGGCAUAUAUUCAGCCUUUCCUCCUGGCUCCGCUACUAGCAUCGGCGAGGGCGCAGGUGACAAAGAUGCUUUGCGAAAGAAUAUGUUCAAGAGUGUCGCUGGGAAAAUGAGCGAUGCUCGGUCUGGUUUUGGGCGCAUCAAAGAUGCUGUUGGAGGAGGCCUACGAGGCCACAACACUCGGCCUUCGGUCUCGACAAGAGACGACUUUGGAGAGAUGGGUGUAGGGGGCUCCAACCAGGCACUCAGCACAGCCAUGCUUACUACCACAGCACCCAUGCCAGGGGUAGGCAGGGCAUUCACUUGGAAGAACAAACCAGAAGAGUAUCUGGCUGCGAUGAGACGGGGUGAGACGGAUGUGAUUCCAGGUCUGCCCCAAACUUCGCACUUUGCGUCUACUUCGACUGUCGAUUUCAAACCUACCUCGGCUCCAGCUUGUGAGACUCAGAAGCGUGAGCAGGAGGGUGACCUGAUGGACAUUGGUGCCGAGGUGCGCAAGGAUGUACUCUCCAAAGCGCCCUCGGCUGUUGGAUCUCUGGUUGAUGAAGCCGAUAUUCAGGGACCGGUUCUGGAAGCAGAACGCAAUAGGCCCGCGCGCGUGGGACUCUCACGACGACACAGCAUUCAGCUGCUCCAGUGCGGAGCAGAGAGGAUCCUCAAUGAGAACCGAUGGCCACGCCGAAUGUCGUUUAGCGAUGCCGAAGAAGCCGUGCUAGGUUGGGAUGAUAUCAUUGAUAUCACGGAUACCACGGGCGACUUUGCGAAUCUGGAAGCAUUCAAUGACCUUGCUCAGUUCUUCAGCCGGCAGAUGGAUGAGAUCAAGGAGGGCAUCGGGCCGUGGGUGACGGAGAAGCUCAAGGCGGUUGAGCUCCUCGACGAUCGCUACGCAAAAGACAAAGAUGAACUCCACGCUCUCUACUACCAGUUGAACGAGGCAUGUCAACGGAUGCGUAUCAGCUCUCAUGAACUCCUUGCCGAGGAGCGAUCCCACCUGACGGAGGGCUUGAAGGAGGUCGAGGUGCUUGUAGCGCGUCUCGACUAUGAGAUCAAUGCUCUCCUAUCAAAGGUGAAUGACGUCGAGGAUGGCAUUGUCACAUUUGAGAGACAAGUGGAGGAUAUGGAGAAGAAAGCCGAGGAUCUCAAGAUCCAGCUCGAGACAGAAGGAUGGUUACAUUGGCUCUUCAGGACGAUGACAGGCAUUGGAACUGGCCCGGAUAUCACACGGUCUACGCCAUAA